GAGAGAGGAUGCUCCUCCUCCAAGCAUUAUAACCCAGAGGGACACCGCUCCAGCCCGUCAGUCUGACACUGCUGAGACUGAGAUAGCCCCGAGGGCCUCAGAGAUGACGACUGGCUGUAUGAGGUCGACCCUGGAGCCUGAACAGCGACUGAUGACACAGGAGAGCAAACACUACAAGGAGGCGCAGGAGAGCCUGGUGGACAGGAAGUCAGAGAUGAAGGACGAUGAAGAGGAGGCCCUUUGCGCACAGAAUCAGGAGGCAGAUCAGAAGAAGAAACCUCGCAGAAAAGACACACCUGUCCUCAACUCUCAUCCACAUAUACCAGGACUGAGACUGCUGAAAGCAGAGAAGCAGAUGGUCCACUCAGAAGAUGAGGAGAAAGAUUUGAAGGAAUAAAGACUUUAUUUAGCCUCCCUUUUA